CCCUCCCUCCGGCGUGAGUGAGGCGACGCGUGGUGGCACUGAGGAAAAAAACAUCUAUCUGAGGGGAAAAUGUUCAAGAACGGAGACUGACCACCCUGUUGGCUCUAGGAAGCUUUCCUGAGGCUUCUGGUGGCUUCAUCUAUUAACGGCACUCUGCUGAAGAUAUGGCAACUGUCACUCCACGCAAAAGGAACCGUAGUUCUACUGAUGGUGGAUCCUUAGUAUUUGCGACUCCAGUGAAAAAGCUGAUUGUAGACUUUGCUGAAGAUCUGUCUCCACUCAACAAAUCGAGAAAUCACUGGUCUGCUUCUCAGAUAAAAUGGUCAUCUAGCUCCAGUGACGAUCAAAAAGAAAAUGAGGCUCUUCCCCCAGAGUCCCCACUGUCACGGGCGCUGGAUAAAUCCCCGCUCCAGACAGCCAGUGUCCCCACAACUGCACCUGGGGAGUUCUUGGAUUCCAAACUAUCCCCAAAAGCUGCUGCCUCCUACAAGCCCGUUGUGCCCGUGAUGUCCUUUUAUAGGAAGGAAAAGCAAUACCUCACUCCUCUGGAGAGGAAGCAGUUGAAUGAGAAUUUCUCCCUCAUCGAGAGGAAAAAUGAUGAAAAUCUCCCAACUGCCAGCAGGACUGAGAAGACCCAGGUGAAGCUCAGCAGGAACAUAAGCUCAAGACCAGCCAAGCAUGCAACAAAUUCCAGAAAGGGGAAAGCUCCCCCCAAAAAGCUUAAGAAGGCUAAGGCAGAUAGAGCACCUGCUAAACCCAGCACAGAGAAAGAGAACGUGAAUUCCCUAAUUCAAAAGAAAAUGGAUGCGCCCUUCCGAGUCCUGAGCAUGAAAGUUAAACCUGCUCUGAAACUCCAGUCAGGAGCAGCGUUCUUCUUGACCAGAAAGAAAUCACACUCUGGUUCUAAAAAGCUGCCCGCAGACCAUAAGGCCCCCGAGGGCCUCGCUGCGACCCCGCAAGGAAACGAUCAGCCCGCGUUGCCGACAGCUGAUCAGCCCAAUUCAGGGGACAGGCACAAAAAUCCCGAAGGUGGUGGCGCAGCGAGAAGGAUUUCUGUGCCUCAGAAKACGGAAAAAGCGCCCGGGGAGGAAUUUACAAGCCUCAAAAAUGAAGCGAGAGGUGCUGUUUGGGAAGGAAAGGCGUCUCUGCAGCAAAGCGGCCCUGCCCGGGCUCGGUUUUGUGCCUCAAAACCUCCCGCUGGGGAAGCUGCUGAUGCAGAGAACGUGGAUUCUGGUGAAACUGGAGCCUGUGAUUCCGAUGAUGAGGAGGUUGUUCCUUCAAGCCGGUCUCCACGCAAGGGGACCAAGAAGGAAUCCUCUUCAACUGCUGUUGUCUACCCUAUAUUCAGUGCACCUUCUGCCAGCAAGAAAAGGACACAGGGCAGCCCGGAGGAACCGGCCGCUCCGUGCGGGUCCAACCCGCCUGCCAGAAUGGCUCUGAACCUGCAGAAAAGCAAGAAGACAAAAGAGCUCUGCAGACGCUCCAAGGACCAGAUGAUAAUUGACGCUGGGCAGAAGCAUUUUGGGGCCGUCGUUUGCAAGUCGUGCGGCAUGAUCUACACAGCUGCGAGCCCCGAGGAUGAAGCCCAGCACAUCCAGCACCACGAGAGAUUCCUCGAGGGGCUCAGAUAUGUGGGCUGGAAGAAAGAGCGGGUUGUGGCAGAGUUCUGGGACGGGAAAAUUGUGCUGAUUCUUCCAGACGACCCMAAAUACGCAGUGAAGAAGGCAGAAGAUGUGCGAGAAAUAGUCGAUAACGAGCUAGGAUUUAAGCAAGUUACGCUCAACUGCCCAGCCAAGACCAAAAUGUAUUUGUUUGUGUCCAAUGAGAAGAUGAUAGUUGGGUGUCUAGUGGCUGAAUCCAUCAAACAGGCGUUCCGGGUGCUGUCGGAGGCGGGCGCGGGGCAGGAGGUGCCGCAGCAGCAGCGCGCCUGGCGCUGCUCGGCCGAGCCCGAGCCCGCCCUGUGCGGCGUCAGCCGCCUCUGGGUGUUCAGCCUGGCGCGCAGGAGGGGCGUCGCACGGCGCAUGCUGGAUGUGGCCAGGAACACGUUCAUGUACGGCUGUUACCUAAGCACGGACGAAAUUGCCUUCUCGGACCCGACACCAGAUGGCAAGCUCUUUGCGACGAGAUACUGCCAAACCCCCAACUUCCUUGUUUACAAUUUUAUUUGUUAUAAUCAGCUUGCAGCAGCUAGCGUAAGCUGAAUCAAAGCUCGGCUUCUUAAUUCAGCUCAAGCAAUUUGCUUUUCAAAUAACAUUUAAGCGCUGUUCCCGGGCCAACCUGCAUUUUCCUGCUGAGCGCUAGUUCCUCUCUCUGCCUCGGCAGCAAGGAGGUGGGUCACUUUCUGUACAGAGCUGGUGUAUAUUUUAAUGGGUGCUGUGAAGCCAAGCAACUGCAGGCUUGCUGGGAGAGCAGCUAGAURGCUUUUUAAAAAUGUUUCUUCUGAAUCUAAAUUUUAUUGUAAUUUAAAUUCUUUCAAAGUUCUAUUAAUAUAAAGAUGUUUCUUGCUCCUGCGUGGCUGCUUAAGGCUUAGAGCUCUGGGCCUGCUGUGCAGCUUCUCCGUCUUAAGUCCAGCCUGGGGCUCGAGACACAAGGUAGGACAGAAGCGGCCUCUAACUUGGUACUUUAAACAUGUAGGGAGAGCGAGGUGAGUUUGGGGUAGAAAUCUGCAAAUCUGCACAACUUUGUG